AUGUAUGGUAUAGUUUACUCAACAGGAGAAACUUUCUUUCAAGAUCUAGUAGGAUCUGCGGACACAUCUAGUAUGGGCAAUGCAAAUGUGUACAUUAUGAUGUUACAGAGUAUUACAAAAACUUCAAGAUUGGUUAUUGAUCAUCUGGUUUAUCGUGUUUUGUCUAGAAGAUCAAGAACAGGAACACUUGCAACAUUGAUUAGAAUGGGGCUUGGUAUGUUCUUUUCAAUUGGUACUUGUACAAUUGCUCAGUACACAGAGGCUGCAAGAUUGACUGCUGUCGAGAACAAAACGAAUAUUCCAGUUGCCUUAUAUAUUCCUCAGUUUAUUGCACUAGGUUUCGUUACUGGGUUAGCAGGGGAAGGCCUUAAAGUUUUCUUCCAAAACGAAUACUCAAAUUGGAUUAACUUUUAUGCAACAACUAUCACUGAAGUUUUGACUGGAAUGGGAACCCUUCUUAAUACAGUUUUAGUUUUAGCUCUAAGAUUAGCUACCAAGAAAAAAGACGGCCGUGGCCCGUGGGACUUGGUUUGCUGA